AUGUUUGGGAUAACGAGUAUGAACAGGGUUCAAUGUGUGAACAGAAUAAGUGCUCAUGGUGCUUUUGUUGGUGCAAAUUCCGGUACAAGAUGGGCUAGUUCUAAAAUUCAAUUUCAAAAAGGUUCAACAAUAAUUCAUAAAGAUGUAUCACCAACAACUGGACUUCCACCAAAGAAUUUAAAAAGAGAUGAUUCUAGAAAGACAUAUUUGAUAAAUAGAUAUAAAACGUUAUUACAAGAUAGUCCAAUUGUAUUAUUUGCUCAUCAUAAUAAUUUAUUAAAAAAUGAAGAAAAUCAAUUAAGAUCCACAAUAAAAGAAUCUGGUGGUGAUUUACACAUUUUAAGAAAUAAUUUAUUUUUAGCUUAUUUAAAAGCUGAAAAUGAAGAAUAUCCUUCAAGUAUUGAAGCAUAUGAACGUACCAAGAAAAAUUUCCAUCCUUUACAACCUUUCCUCAAAGGUCCAACUUCAAUGAUUAUUAUUAAAGAACAAAAUCCAUCAAUCGUGGGUAAAAUCAUUAAGAAUUUAAAAAAUGCAAAUGAAAAAUUAUUUAUAAUUGGUGCCCGUGUGGAAAAUAAUGUUAUGGAUUUAACUCAAGUUCAAAAAUUCAAAGAUUUACCAUCAAAAGAUCAAUUACAAUCAGAAUUGGCUGGUUUAUUAACUAUAUUGAGUGGUGCUGGUUUAGUUCAAACCUUACAAAGUGCUUCACAACAUUUAUAUUUAUCUUUAGAAAGUCAUCGUAAGAAUAUUGAUCCAUCUGAAAAAACAGAUGAAGUUAAGGAAGAAUAG